AUGCACGGACAAAAAGACGAAGGAAAUGUGCAAGAGCUCAAACCUCAUCAAUGCUUAAGCUACGACGCGCAGGAGGCAUCCGUGUUCCAGCUGAUCCGCCGCAAGCGACCACGCACACCCGAUGGUUACGCUGACACCUCUGUGUUACCAACACCUGACAAAGCUCCGCGCCUUAUGGUACUCCCUGGCCUGGCCGACUUGCUAGCGACUCAAAAGCAGCGCCAUGGUAGUAUUGUAGAAACCUUGUCGUGCCUACCCACCUCUGAUCAGAAGCAGGUUAUGGCACAAGAUUUAGCGGCGGAAAUGGAGCUUGAAGACAAGUCACCUUGGCCAUCGGCCAAUCAGUACUUCGAUAUGUUUUCGACAUUUAAAAGUGAUGUCAAGAUACCCGUGUAUGACUUAGGCGUAGAUCCGCGAGGCGUUCCACACCACCCAGAAUUUAUUUACAAUCAACCUGUGUCGUGUAUGUACUUUCUUAAGUGCUCACGUCUACUCGGUAAAGGUUCAUUUGGCUUUCCGCGAAUGAUAAAAAGGCUAGUGAAGGAGACGACACCAACGUCUGCAUGCAGAAAUAGCGGUAAGAAAGAGUCAAGCAAGGACUUUGAGUGGCGCAAAAUGAGUUUCGUCACUGGUUUGCCCAAAAAACUACCCAUUGUGCGCUACAUUACCGCCACGUGUUACAGUCGCGCCACUCAUAUCUCUGCAAAGAAGAAGGUGUUUCGCAUGCAUGCCGUCAUGCUUGCAGAUGAGAUGGGCACAAGCGAACACGGCGAGUAUGUUCUCGUACAUAUCCGUGCCGGUGGGAGUAAACGGGUAGGUCUUCGUGCUUCUUUGUCUAGUGGAGAAACAUUGCUGGGUAUGGAACACCCGGUAUCGCCUACGAGUGUUGCAGAGUCGUACUCGAGCUCUAUCUUGCCUCGCAAUAAGAAGCUUCUACACAUUGACGCCACCGCUAGCGACGACCAUGAUUCUGAAAGCUCAGUGAAGGCGGUUACAUCAUCGAUGAUUCAUCAUUCGCAUUCUAUCUCUACCGCUACAGCAGAAUCGAGUUUUAGUUCGGCGCGCCUAGCGUUGCGUAGUCUGGUUUUAAAAUCUUGCUCGUCUCAAGACGAGAUGGUGAAGUACGUCAUGGAGCUCCAAGAAGAGCUUGCGGCGCUGCGAGAUCAAAGCCAACACGCUUAG